GUUUUGUGCAGGAGGUUUCAAACUUGUGAACAUCUCCUCCACUCGUUAAAGAGUUUGGACCGCAGAGGCGGUGACUUGUGUCCCCAUGGAGCCCUUCGACAUGCGCUGCCGGAUUUGCCAGAGCACACUGAAAAAUAUUGCUGAUUUUAACAAACACUGGCACCAGCUUUCACAUCGACAGAAAAUGGGAGAAACUAUUUCAGAAAGAGACAUUCAGGAGUCCUGGUCACUAUCCCUUCACCGUGGCUAUCAAGCAUCUAGCCAAGAAAGACAUCACGAGACCCAUCAUAGGCUUGUCUCUGCUGACUCUGUGUUUGAGUACAGAGUUACCAACUGUGUUCUACCUGUGUCAUGUCUGUGAGGAGACGUGCACACUGAAGGACAUACUGCCACACCUCCUUUCUGACAACCAUUACAUUAACUAUUAUGGCUACACAAAUCCCAACAAACUGUGUUUCUCCUGGAUUUCUGCAAUGGAAAUGCGAGACAUUCUGCAGCUUGACAUUGUGAAGGAAGUAAAGGAUAAAGGACCUGGACAGUUACAGAUCUUGGAAUUGCCUGAAAAGCUGAUACAAUCAUUGGAAGCGAGCACCUACUGUACAGUGAUGCAAACUCUGAGUGGAAAUGAAAAGCUCGCCAGUCUGCUCAAAGAUGGAAAGCCAAAGAGGAUGAUGAUGCAAGCAUACCAAAGAGAUCACAACAGGAAUCAUGUACUUCUUGGGAUGCAGCACAUCGUGGAAUGUACAUGUGUCGGGCAGACAGAAAAGACGUUCUACCUGUGCACCCACUGCUGUGAGGUCAUCACCACCUGUACUAUCAUCAAACAUGUCAUCAGCUUUGACCACUUAUUUUCUUACAUUCAAGCAUGGCACCCUAAAACUCUGAACAAGAAGAAGGUCUACACAGUGUACUCCAGUGGCCUUGCCUUAAAGAUGUCUGACUUUGCAAAGCAGUCACUGAAAAUUCAUCAAUCCUCCAGUACAGAUAUGAAGCAAGUGAGUCUAGAACCUGCAGUGUUCUCAUCAGUGAGUUCUCUGAAUUAUGUAGAAGCUUUGAAAAAACUGCAAUCCAUCAGAAAAGAGAAAAGGGAAAGCAACCUCAAGACACUCAUCAAACCAGGCCAGAGGCUGAAAUGUGUUAUCUUCAAACUGCAUUGCCAGAAUUGUGAUGUCAUUUGCGACACUGUAUUACAGUAUUUCACUCAUGUGCAAAGCUGGAAUCAUAACCAGAACAUGAUAGAUACCUUUGGAUCAGGUAGUGGCUGCAACCCUGAAGGUUCUGUAUUCAAUCCAGGUCAACUGCAGUGUCUCAAAAAAUACCUGAUUCAAACUGAGCCCAUUAUAGGCGAAGAUCUGCUUGUGAUGUGUCUCAACACUGAAGAACUCGGGGAUCAGUGCCAGCCUUUCUUUCUGUGCUUUGCUUGUAAGGAGUGUUUCUCUUUCCAUAAGUGCAGAGAACACAUCACUUCGAAAAAGCAUCUCGUGUGCACCCUGUUGCAUCAGAAUCCCUGGAAGCUGCCUUUUGCUUGGAAAGAACAGUCUGAAAUGCUGGAUAUCCUGGUGGUACUUGCAAGGGAGAUGAAGAUGAAUCAAGAACCAAAUCAACUUACUCUGAAGAUAUUUGACAUUCCAAUAGUCCUAUUUGGCGAAAUUAUAGGACUUAAUUUUUCAAAAGUGUUGAGAGUUCUUCUGAGGUUCUCGCGCUCCUUAAUAAAUGACGUUCCAUAUCGAAAGACUUUCUUCACUCAUCCGGAAAGGGGCAAGUUUCCUUUGCUUGGUCAACAUUUUAUGGUCGAGUACAACAUGAGGGAUAUGGAACACUCGAUAAAACGUGCAUUGCUUUGCUUGCUCUGUCAGAUGAAGAUUCCAGAAAGCGAAGGCUGCAACCACGUAUUCAGCUGGCAACAUGUUGUAAAAUUUCUGAAUAGUGUCCAUCCAGGCUCGCUGGGUUCCAGCAAAGUGAAUUACGAGACACUGUUGGACUUGGCGCAACAGGCAGCAUAUAUUCACAGCGUGUAUCCAGUGCUGAGAGUCUUGACUGAUCCAAUCAGGCAGUUGAUCAGCUAUCCUCAGACAUCUUCAAUUUUGGCCGAUGCAUAUAUGAAACAAGGAAAAGGAAAACUUAAAUGGCGUAUUGUUCCACACAAGAAGCUUGUCCCGACGGAAGUGAAAAAAGAUGAUGUCAAGGAUGGUGUAGAGAAGGCCAGCGGGAUGACUGAGGGAUCUGAGGAGGACACCAGUCAGAAGGACACAGAGGACUGUGAGACCCCAGAGGAAAAUGGAGCUGAAGCUUCUAAACAGUCUGUAGAAUGUGGAAAAAAUGUGGAAAAGGGCCCUGAGAUAUUUGCACAGGGUGAAGAAGAAAGAGAAAAUGAGGUACUUGCAAAAACUGUUCCCGAGCCGAUACAAAGUAUGUGCGAUGAGAAACGCCAGAUAAUGGAGGAGGGAGAGAAGACGGAUGGGUCUGCAGCGCUGUCGACAACAGAACCAAGCGAGCCGUCUGCGGAAAGUGGCCUGAGCAUGGAUACGGAUGAUGGAGCAGAGAGUGAAAACAGUGAAGCAGCGGAUAAAGGCUUAAAUGGGCUUUUUGCAAAGCUUUGCAAUCAGCGUCUUCUCACCACCCUCCAUGAGUGCUCCUCUUUACCGACCACAGAGAAGAACUUAAGUCCUGCUACUGGAGUAGAUGAACAAGAUAUCCUCCUGGGGGUUGCUGAUAUGAAGCCAGAGAUAGACAGUAAUGUCUCAAAACAACACUUUGACCCGGUGACUGUGAAACUACUUGAGGCUCAGCAGCACACUAGGUGGGACUCCCCUCCUUCCUGUGUACUUUCAGGUGUUACACCGGCGCACACCUCAGUUACUGCUCAUGCAAAAGAGGUCGGCAUGGCUGACAACUACCAGGUGGUGGACAUGGACCUAUCUGAUAGCGAAAAAUGGGAACAACCAUCAUUCUUAACUUCAUCCAGACCCAAUACAACUAAAGCCACUGUUAAAGCAGAAAGCAUUCAUAAAGGAGACAAAGCCACCCCUCAGUCAAGGGACGGCAAAAUGAACCUCUGGCUUAAUUUCCCUGACAGCAGCAACACCUGUCUGAGUGAAGAUGCCUCACUUUUACACCGGUCCAGUAGCAGAGAUGGCACAAUCUGUAUGCAACCAGAUUCUACAGAAAUUAAAUUCAAAGAUAAAAUCACCUUAAAUGCAACUUUGGAUAAAAAUAUGAUGCCGGUCACCUCCAUUUCUAAUGUGACUACCUCAGAUAUGAAAACUUCAAAAUCUAAAGCAUUGCCCAAAGCACUAGAAAGUACAACUGGAACUGCAUCAAAAGUGCAGGCCGCUUCCUGUAAAGACGUGGCCACAUGUCGGACAAGAACACCACCGCUGCAUACGGGUGCCUCCAAAAAUUCUGAAGGUAUUUUGGAAACUCCCCUCCUGUCACAGACUAAGGCAGAAACUGUGCAUCCUACUAAAAUGGAUAAUAAGAAAGCAAGAACUGAAGGCUCUGCCAAACCUCUCAAUGUGAAGAACCCUAUGGAGCCAAAAGGGAAUAUUGGGGAACAUAUGAGUAACAAACAUACUACAUCAAUGAAUGUCAGAGCUGAGCAGACAACGUCUUACAUAAAGCUACCAUCUGACAGUAUGGCAAAGUCUGAAGUUGGCCUUUCCUACCUGAUUGCAGUCACUUGUGAAGGAAAGCGGCAGGUCUACUGUCAGCUGUGUUCAGUCAGGUUAAAACAAACCCUUCAUCUGAGAACGUUUGCCCAUCAUUAUAACUAUGUGAAGUCCAAGUUCCCUGAAUGGACCACAAUGACCUCUGAGGAGAAGAAGAGGAAAUUAGCUAAGACAGUGACCCAGUUGGUUGAGGCAGAAAAAAAAUCAGGAUCCAAAGGCGUCCAGAGGCUCAAAGUGAACAGCAUCCAGUAUAAAGAACUGGCUGAUCUUUCAGGGAAAGAAGCUGUAAAAAGAGUGAAAGAAAUGAUGAGACAGCAGACAGACCAGCAGGAUGUGCCAUCUACCAUCUCUGAUCAUGGAGCAGAGACAAUGAGAUGGCAUAUGCCAUCAGCCAGUCCAUGUGAUGGUCCUAUAGAACAUGAAAUGGAGUCAAACUCCAACGAGGACAACUCCAUGACUAAAUGCGCAGAACCAGGAGAGCCGAUUACGAGUGAGCCUCACUCGCGUUCAGCUUCAAAUGGAAUUUCUGCAGAAUGCAUCACGACUCCAAGUAUUCAGGAUGUGAGCAUAAGAGUUACUGAACAGGAACGUUUUGAGAGUGACGUGGACAUUCAUGCUAAAGUUCAAAUCACGGCUACACUUAGGAGCCCUGAUGUAGUCCAGCUGAAGACUGAUGAUGAACUGAAUACAGAUUCCACAGCGUGUAAAGAGGAGAAACACUCUGACUCCCCUCAUCUUCUUAUCACCGACUCUGAAUCUCCACAUGCUUCAGUUCCAACCCUCAAUAAAUGUCAAGAAACGUCUGACACCAAACAGCAGCUGGGGAGGAGUAAUUCAGAUUUACAGGGGACCCCUGAGCCAGAAGAUGGGAAACAGACCAUAAAAACCUUGGACCCAGAUCUGAAGACUCUAGAUGGCUCUGUGAAGAGUCCUGUAAGUUCCCGUCGCAAGGAGAGGCGUGACUUGGAUUCAGAGGACAAACCACAGGACGGAAAAAAGAUCACAUCAGCUGUGGCAUCUUCGGAGCCAGAGCUGAAGUCUUCAGCAGCUUCAGGGAACAUGAAAGAGCAGAGCUCUGCAAGAAUGAGUCAGAGAGACAACCAUGUGCUGCAAUCCACACAACACACAUCACGUGGAGAAACUGUUGCUGGCAGAAGCUCUUUGUCAACAUACUUGAACGUGUUUAAUGAUAAAACAGCUAUAGGUCUGGGCUCUGUGUGGGAGUGCCGGGGGGCAUCGAUGAACAUGGACACAUUCUUCUUAUGUGAGAGCUGCAGGCAGACGCUCUCCAGGGAUGAAAUCUGUAAACACAUGUUCAGCAGUGAGCACCACUUAAACUACAUGCAAAGAGCAUACCUGAAGUUCCUCAGUUUCUGGUUUGAGGAUGAUCUCCACGAAUAUAUGAAACUGACCCUUUUAAAGGAAGUUGCUGGCCUGCUUUCAGACCGUGAACGUUUCAACAAAAUAGAUUCAGUGGUUAUACUAUUGUCUCUAGAUGCUUAUGAUUUUGCACGGACAGCUCCCUUCAGUGAAGCUCUCAAUCUGGUUCGAAACAUAAGGAAACAGAAGCAGAGCGCCACCUACUGCCCUCUCAGUGCACCACAACAGAAAGAAACCAUGCGAAGAGGAAAAACUCGUUUUGAAGAGGCUGCAGAUACGGCUACAGUUAAAAGAAGGAGGACUCUACCAGAUGUUAACACUGACUCCAACAUUUAUUCUAAAGUUACUUCACACCCUCGACAAAAGCAGGUCAAAUGCAAGGACAUUGCUGUUGGAACAGCACUCAGAUUUCAGGCUUGUCAGCUGAGCUCACAAACACAGCCUUAUUUGCUGGCCCAAGAGGAAGAUUUGUUUGUAGAAACUCAGAGUUUCUCUGACAUGUUUCAUAAAACCAGUCCGUCACCCUCGGCACCUUCCAGACAACAAUGCUUCCCAACUGAAAGGGCAACAUUUGGUGCACCUGUUAAAUCUUUGGUCAGACCAUCUACUCAUAAUCCCCAAUUUGGGGACCAUUUGCCAGCAAUUUACAGUCUGUCUCACCCUGGAUUCACCUCAGAGAUGACUUUUGAUAACACCGCCAGUGCACCUAUUUCCAUGUGUUUUAAGGACAAUAAUGGACGACCUGAAUCAGCAUCAAAUGCAAGCGUAGAGGGUGACUAAUUGGUCUUCUGAAUCAUGAGAGAGCUAAAAGAUGUAAGCCAUCCAGCCAACCAGUCCCACAAAAAGGUGAGGUUACCCCUUCCAGUGUCAGUUUUUCAGAAAAACUCAGUUCAGCCAUGUUUUCAAACACAGUGGAAAAAAUGCCAACUUCCACGAACACGCUAGCCAUUGAGAAUAAACACAGGCCACCUGUCAACUUCGGACUUACUGCCAACACCAAUUAUCUGCAAUACCAA